CGACUUGCAUACCGCCUCUCCACGCUUCGAGCGCUUCCUGUGCCGCAGCGUCGUUGCCGGGCCCGAGCAUUAUCACGUGCGCGCCUGCGAGGCCAUGUUCUUUGUACAGCGCGGCGUAGUAGGCGGAGGGGUGUUCGGAGGUCCAGUUUGUUUUCAGAUUGGAGGGCGUCGAGGUGGACAGCGUGCCGCCGACGAUUUGCUUGACGCUGCCGGCGUGCAGAUCUAUGCAGGGGCGGAACUUUGUCAUUGUGGGUGUGAGUGUGUGGGAUAGUUGGUGACGGUGCGGGGGAGGGGUGAAAUGGCACGGAAGUCCGAGAGGCUUGGCUAGCGUAGACUUUUGGAGGAACUUUUGUAGGCGCGACUGGAAUUCUAGACGCGACACAUCAAACCCACAAUGGCGCCACAGCUCGGGAAACGGAAGCGCGUGACGCGUGAGGAGCUCGAGAGGCCGUCGCCAGCGCCGUCGCCGUCGUCAGGGUCGGACAAUGAGGAUAUGCAGGCGCUGUUCCGGCGCGCAUUCGAGAAAAAGUUCAAGCCGCUGGACGUGGAGCCCAAGAAGCCAGAGACGAAGGAAGCGCCCGCGACCGAAGAAGACGCGGAAGACGCGGAAGACGCGGAAGACGACGACGACGAGUCCGACUGGUCAGGCCUCAGCGACGACGUCUCAAACAAGGUCGAAGUAAUCGAAUACAAAGACGCUACAUACGACUCGGACGAAGAAGCCUCCAAAGCCGCAAAACGCGCCUUCAUGUCCUCCAAACCGCCCACAACCGCCGCGCCCGCUCGCGGCAGGAUCGUCGGCGAGAAGAAGACCGCCGACGCCGACGAUACCGGCGAAAGCGCAAACCUCAAGAACGACCUCGCCCUCCAGCGGCUGCUGCGCGACUCCCAUCUCCUCUCCGCCUCCUCAUCCGGCGCCUCCACUCCCACCCUUACAACCUCCGGCGCCGCGCGCCACAAAUCCACAGACCUGCAUCUGCAGUCCCUUGGCGCAAAAGGCAGCGUUUUCACACAGAAGAAGAUGCCCAUGGCGCAGCGGAAACACAUGGCGCAGAAGGCGCGGUCGUCCGAGGAGAAGAGGCGGCACGAGGCACGAGAGGCUGGAAUCAUUCUGGAGAAGGAGAAGAGAGAAGCUACCAAGGACAAGGACAAGAAGAGGGAGAGGGGUGUGGGAGGACCGAGUAUUGGCAAGUUUAGAGGCGGGACGUUGAGUCUGAGUAGGAAGGACGUUAGGAGCAUUACAGGGGGGCCGGGGAGUCGGGGCGGGAAGGGUGGGAAGGGGAAGGGGAAGCCGAGGCGGUGAAGGACCGUGGCAUGGACAAGUCGAAUUUCAUGAAAGCUCCACACAAGCCUGGCCGUGUUCCAUGGUGUCGGGCCAUCUUGGCUUGGCUUCUGUGCACGACACGGCAAACGCAGAUAGGCGAAUUACCGGAAGGCACC